AUGCUGGAAAUAGUUUUAUUAUUUUGCUCGCUAGUUACCGUUCAAGGAAGCUACUACGGUAGCGAGAGUAUAGCUAAUGGUAUCCACGGAGAACCAAAAAUUGAAGGCAAAGACAAAGUAACCUGGUGCACUACUUCUAUACCAGAACAGAAAAAAUGUGAAAAACUAUCGAAAACUGUGCUUCAGGAUAAAGGACUUUUUGGAAAGGAUUUCAUUGAAAUAGAAUGUAAACGGGCAUUUGAUGCAGAAGAAUGUAUGACAUGGGUUGAUCAAGGAGAUGCAUCAUUACUAGCUCUUGAUGCUGGUGAAGUAUAUGUGGCUGGAAGAUAUCACUCACUUGUACCAUUACUCCAAGAGGUUUAUGGUGGUGGAGAACCCUAUCAAUACGCAGUGGCUGUUGUAAGGAAAGGCAGUUUGCCCCAAGUGCAACCUAGUGGAGGUUUGUAUGGACUACGGGGGGUAAAGGCCUGCUUCCCAGGUGUUGGGUCACUUGCUGGAUGGGUCAUGCCGAUACAUGUGCUUAUCAAAGAAGGUGGCCUCAAGAUAACUGACUGUAAUAACCAUGUUAAGUCAGCGGUGGAAUACUUCAGUGAUUCAUGUGCACCAAAUUCAUUGAAGGAUUUGUAUAAUCCAAUUGGAGACAAUCCUGAUCAGUUAUGUAAACUAUGCACAGGUGGAGCUGGAGUGCGUUGUACCCUGGCCGACCCUUAUGCAGGGUAUGAGGGAGCACUUAGAUGCCUUGUCAAUAAUGGAACAGGGGAAAUUGCCUUUGUGAGGGACAGUACAAUACAACAUGCCUUACUCUCACAUAAAAUAUUAGGUGGAGUGACAGAGGCCGACUUCGAGUUGAUAUGUCGCGAUGGUUCUCGUGCUCCAGUCACUAACUGGGAAAGGUGUAACUGGGGCCGAGUACCGGCUGAUGCUGUGCUCACUUCCAGUGUUGCCACCCCAGCCCUGAGAAGCAAAUACCAAAAACUGAUAAUGAAGAUAGUUGAGCUUUAUGGUGAACCGAAUACAAUGAAUAAGAUGUCAAAUCGGACAGAUGCAUACCAACAGGACGCCUUUGGAAACUGGCUGUCGUCUACUACAGAACAAAACCGGUAUGAUGGGUUUAGACGAAAUCAAUUUGAUCGUAAUGACCGAAAUGACGAAGGAAGUACUACGAUGUCUCCAUACAAACCGAGGGUUGACAACUUCGGUCAACCCAUUGAAUUGCCAUUUAAACUGUUUCAAUCUGAAGGCACUACAGACCUCCUUUUGCAAGACUCCACAAUUAACUUCCGAAUAUUGGAUGAAGAGGAGCAAGCGGCUCACCAUAUUUUAAAUAACAAAUAUGUAGGUGAUCAGGCGGAGAAGGCCGUCAUUGGUAUAAGGGACUGUCCAGUCAAACGCGCCACGCUUUGUGUCACGAGUGAUGCUGAAUACGACAAAUGUAUUAAAAUGAGGAUAGCGUUAAAAGCCGCCUUCCUAUCUCCGACGCUUAUAUGUUGGCGAGGGCAUAGUUCCCGGCACUGCGAGCGGGCAAUCGCUGACGGAACAGCUGACAUGGCGGUCUUUGACGCCGCCGAUAUGUUGCACGCCGCUUACAAGUAUCGACUGGUGCCGUUUAUGCAAGAGGUCUACUCGAGCGGAGACAGCUGGUAUUACGCAGUAGCUGUCGGCAAAGAGCAAGAUCCAGAUACAGAUUUAACUUAUUUGAGAGGCAAGAACACCUGUCACACGGGUAUCGGUACGGCAGCUGGCUGGAUUUAUCCUUUGGCCUAUCUAAUAUCGAAUGGGUGGAUUAGACCGUAUGGCUGUGACGGCGCACACGCAGCGGCGCAGUACUUCAGUAAGUCAUGCACACCCGGCGCACUCAGCAGUGAAUAUGUGGACUCGGGCACUGUGCCUCAUGACAACCUAUGCCAUCUAUGCCAUGGAGCGUCAUAUCGUCGCUGCAGACGCGACGCAAGCGAGGAGUACUUCGGUCACGUGGGUGCCCUGCGUUGCAUGGUAGAGGGGGGUGGAGAUGUAGCCUUUGUAAGGCACACGGCACCUGCUGAGGUCACGGGUGGGCGACGUCGGGAGUGGUGGGCGCGUGACCUACUGGGAGAUGAUUUGCAGCUCAUGUGUCCAGAUGGUACCCGAGCAAAAAUUCACGAAUAUAAACAUUGCAAUCUGGGCAAAGUCCCGGGUUCGGUGAUGAUGGGACGGGCGAACCACACCGAGUUGGACACAUUCUCCAAUCUCAUGCUGUACGCCCUGCAACUGUAUGGAGCUACUGUCAAUGAUGAUUUCAGCUUCAGCAUGUUCUAUUCGAAGCCGCCAUACGCUGACCUGAUCUUUAGCGACGCGGCGGUCCGUCUAAAGCCCCUUCAACACAACAAACGUUCGGCUGAAAUGAUCGCCGGUACUUCGUUACCGCGCGCCGCACGUAUUGUGUCAUGUGACGCGCCGCAAGCCUCCUACUACAUAGCAUCGGACCCGGAUUUCCUCUCCCACGCCUAUAGAAAUGGUAUUUUGGGGCAUUUACUUUCGUUAAUGUUGCUCUUUGUGGCUAUAUUUAGAUGA